CACGCCGCCGCGCCACCGCCGCACUCACAAUUGCUCACCCAAAUUCAAACCCCAUCCACAAAUUCUCAGAGCACAAGGAGCGCCGCUUCUCUUCCCUCCUCCGCCUCCCUCCAAAAGCCGAAGAGCGAUAGCGAACCUCCCUCCUCCCCCACAUCGAUUCCCCAAAUCGCCUGGCGCGAUGACCACGACAGGAGAGGUGGAUUCAGCGGCAGGCGGCGAGGACCUGGAGCCGCUCUUCGACUACAAGCGAGUGCAGCCCAGGAUGACGUUCAGCUUCGAUGACAGCGACCUGGAGGCGGCCGACAUCUUCAAGCACUGCAACAAGCGCCCCAGGGUCCAAGCUACCACGGAGGAGGUGGAGACUAAACCGGAUGAGGCGGCCGCCACCACCAAGGUGGUGCUUCUCGACGAGGAGGAUUGGUUGAAGCCACCGCCGCCCAAGGCCGCAUUCAGGGCCUCGGCAGAGGAGGAUAGUACGUUUCGAGAACUGAGGUUGAAGAGACAAGAGUGGGCAAAAUUUGCUGAAUCAGCUCAGGAUAUAUUGCAAAAGAUGGAUGAAAUGACCAACAAUGAAGUUGGUCCCAAGGAACCACCUGAACAAAUAAUUCUAGAUGAGGAGUCUGAACCUCCAGUCGAGAAAGCAAGGGAAAAGAUUGUCAUUUCAAUUCAGGACAAGGAUGGGCAUCAACAGAUGCGUGUAUACAAGGACGAGAAGUUUGACAAGCUUCUCAAGGUGUACGCCAACAAGGCAAAGCUGAAUCCGUCAGAUCUGUCUUUUGUGUUUGACGGUGAGAAGAUUAACCCAUCAUCUACACCUCAGGACCUUGACCUUGAGGAUGAGGAUAUGAUUGAGGUGCGCCGUAAGCGGAGUUGAGGCCAUCCACGACUUAUGCAGUUUUAGACAAAGUCAGCCCUUUUGCUGUCUUCUUUUGCUUCCAAAGGCUUAUUUGUCUAUAGUCUAUAUAGCAAAGACAUGUUAGGUCAUCUUGAUAUAUGCAGUUUUAGACAAACUCAGCCGUUUUGCUAUCUUCUUUUGCUUCCAAAGGCUUAUUUGUCUAUAUAGCAAAGACAUGUGAGGUCAUCUUGAUAUAUGCAGUUUUAGACAAACUCGGCCCUUUUGCUCUCUUCUUUUGCUUCCAAAGAUUAUUUGUCUAUAUAGCAAAGACACAAGGUAAUUCGUGUGCA